UUUUACACAGUUCGUUAAAUGUUUUCUAGAUGUGCAGGCUUACUUAUUUCAAACGGAUUUAGAUAACGCGAGGUGUGUACAACACAAAUAAGUUACAAAAACUAGUAUCUUUUGUGUCCCUAUAUUACAAAAAGUGAUAAAGAAAAUUUAGAUAUGAAUAAGUACAAAUACAGCAAAGUAGGAGGAUGUGAAGAAAUUCCAACUAUUGUAGUAGACACGCCACCACAUCAAGAUAGUUUGCCUUAUGUGGAUGAAGAAACAGAGUUCACUGGUAUUAAAGAAAGCCCCAGCGAAGAGUUGAAGGACAAAGAAAAUAUUGUUAUAUUACCGCGAAGGAAUAGUAUUUCACUUCCAAACUUACAGGAUUUUAUAGAGGUAGGACAGGAUGCGAAAUAUGCAGACGAUGAAAACGACAAGUCUGACAUCAGUUCUAGAGAAAACCCACGUAAUGUACGAAGAAAAUCAGUGCUUAGUCCUAAAAUGCUUACGAUACCGGGUGAUGAGGAAUCCGGAAGUACCUCCCCAGCCAACUCUGUCACCUCUAUAAAUUCCUUGGCUAGUUUGUUAAGGGAAAAAAUUCAGAGUUUACCGCAGUCACUUCGAAAAAAGAAGAGUACGGAAUAUAAAACCAAAAUAUUUGUUGUCCUCCUACUUAUCGCCAUAAUAGUUCUUAUAGUGACGGCUUAUUUUUUGUACUCGCAAAAAAUAUUAGCCAAGGCUUACUUCGAAAAAAUUAAAUUCAACAAACUCAAAAGACACAUGCGAAUAUAUAAUAAUUUAGGCAAUGAAUUACUUUUUGCAAAAUUAGGUACUACUAUAAGAUAUGAGAAAGUUCUUCCGUGUCUACCGACUAAUAAAAGACAUGACGGUAGCAUAUGCUUAGAGUGGAUGCACAGAGCGAGAUUGUACCUUGAUUACUAUGAACUUGAAGGACAAGUAAAAUGCUAUAAUCUAAAAUGGAUAUCACUGUCGCCUGAUGUGUCCCCUACUGACUGUUUUGAUAUGGCGAAUAGUCACUGGUACGGUGGAGGUCAAACAGCGGAAUUUGCUUGGCCCCUAGAAAAGGGCGGACACAAUUUCCAGCCGUUUAUAACGGGCAAAGUGGAACAAAAUGAAUGGGGGAAUGUAUUGAAAAGAUAUUUCAUCAGUUCCAAAGGGGCAGCUUUAAUAGUCGACGACGAGACGCCACUGUAUGUAUCAAUAAGGAAUUCCCCCAAAAAGGAGCUUUGCUUUAAAGCGCAAAAUGACGAUUUCGCUUUCGUAAACAGAAGAAGUGACAUGGUACAGUUAAAUUAUAGCAUCUGUACUGGCUCUAACAUGUCGAAACUACACAGCCACCUAAGUGAACAUUCCCUAUGGGAUGGUUUAAAGAAGGAGGAUGGAAAUAUUAUAGACUCUUUACUGACGGAACCUGUCUGGGAAAUAACAUCAGAUAAAGAAAAAUUAACUGAAGAAACCAUCUACAAUUUUACUGAUGACAUAACAAACUCCGUAGGAGUUUUGAAGCAAGGUCAUGUCCUGAUAAAUGAAUUCUGGCAGAAUCAUAUCGGCGAUUUCGAAUUGGACACGAAUCGUUUUCCAACAUUAGAGAAGACGAUGGAAAUGUUAAAGAGAAGAGGAUUUCGAGUAGUUUUUACCAUACAACCGUUCAUAUCAACUGAGAGCUUCAAUUUCGCAGAAGCCGUGAAAAAAGAACUGGUAAUAUCCGAACGCUUUACCAACAGACGCAUACCUGCUUUGACCAGAUACAAAACACUACAAAGCGGUGCUGUGCUAGAUAUAACCAACAACAGAUCCAUUCCUUGGCUUGUGGAAAAGCUCAAAAAAGUCAUGGAUAAAUAUAAAUUCGACGCAUACUAUUUAGAUAUGGGUACCGCUUACACUAUGCCGUAUUAUUACGAAUGCGAAAAACCCUUAGUUAAUCCAGACAGUUACAAGACUCUAUUCAUAAACAGCAUCCAGGGUUCCGUUCCUAUCUUCGGCGUCAGUAGCGCUAUAGAACGGCCCAAGCCUCCGGUCUUCGUGGUACUGCCUCAGUUCGAAUCAUCUUGGGAGGGUUUGAGAAGAGUCAUACCCACAAUACUGACAUACGGAAUAUUAGGUUAUCCCUUUUUAAUACCUGGUGCGGUGGGAGGAGACUAUGAUCCGCUUGAUGCGGUGUUUUUGAACAACGGGACGACAAAAGUUCUGCCGGAUCAGGAAUUAUACAUAAGAUGGUUACAGAUGGCAGCAUUUCUACCUGUGGUUAGAUAUCAUCAUUUACCAAGUACUUAUGGGGAACAGAAUAUAUCGGAUAUGGCGAAAAGCUUAGCGAUAACCAGACAAAAUAAGGUGACACCAAAAUUAAAGAAAUUCGCCAGAGUGUCUCUGAAUCUGGGUCUUCCCAUAAUACGUCCUUUGUGGAUGUUGGAUUCCGAAGAUCCGCAGUGUCAUGUAGUAACCGAUGAAUUUUCUAUUGGCGAUGAGAUAAUUGUCGCGCCUAUAUUGUACUCAGGUUCGCGACAAAGAGAGAUAUACCUUCCCGGAGGUGUGUGGAAGGACGGUAUUGAUGGCAGCCUAAGGAAGGGUAGCCGAUGGAUACAUGACUAUAGGGUCGAGGAAAAUGAAGUAGCAUAUUUUGAACGUAUGCCCGAUGAUACUAGAUUUUGAAAUAUAAAAUAUGUGUAUUAUAGUUCAUAAAUACAUGAGAUUCAUAAUUACCGAAUAAAUUAAUAAAUAUACUCACAGUGAUAAAUCUGUUAA